CACAAUGCCUUGCGUAAAAGCUGAUAACAAACAUGGCGCCGUUUCCGUAUUAGCUCUGCUUUUGUACUUUCGCACUUUGUCUAGCGGUAUAAAUCCGAGAUUGCCAUUUCAUGUUCAUAUGAUUAUUAAUAUUCCGUUCAAGAAACAAGACCACCAUAUUUGACAGGCUCAUUAUUUAGUAGCGGCGUGCUGUCUUUCCAUCGUAAAGUCCCGCGUGGGUUAACUGUCACAUUCGGUGUCAGUCAAACCAAAUUCAAAUAUCCGUGCUGACUCUUGAGACAUGAAGGAGAAUUUGACUCUGAUUCAGAGAUUGAACGCGCACCCGGACUCGAGGUGCUGGUUCGUUGGCUGGAAUCCAAACGGGACUCUCCUGGCCUCGUGUGGGGGCGAUAAGGCCAUUCGGAUCUGGGGACGAGAGGGUGACUCGUGGGUCUGUAAGGGUGUGCUGGAGGACGGCCACCAGCGCACCGUGAGAAAGUUGGCGUGGUCUCCCUGUGGGAAUUACCUGGCUUCUGCUAGUUUUGAUGCCACAACGUGCAUCUGGAAGAAGAAAAAUGAUGACUUUGAGAGUUUGACCGUGUUGGAGGGGCAUGAGAAUGAGGUGAAAUGUGUGGCUUGGGCCCCUUCAGGGAACCUUCUGGCAACGUGCAGCCGGGACAAAAGUGUUUGGAUUUGGGAAGUGGAUGAGGAGGACGAUUACGAGUGUGUUACAGUCCUGAACUCCCACACGCAAGAUGUCAAACAUGUAGCAUGGCACCCGACACAGGAACUUCUGGCCUCAGCGAGCUACGACAACAACAUUUGUAUUUACAAGGAGGUAGAUGACGACUGGGAGUGUCAGGCCACACUGCAGGGCCACACGUCCACCGUGUGGAAUCUGUCCUUUAGCGCCACCGGAGAGAGGCUGGCGUCAUGCAGCGAUGAUCGCACUGUCAAGAUUUGGAAGGAGUAUCCAGCCGAAAGUGGUCAAGGUGACAUAUCAUGGAAGUGUGUGUGCACGCUCUCUGGCUACCAUGGACGCGCAGUGUAUGACGUUGACUGGUGUCGUCUGACUGGUGCCCUGGCAACAGCCAGCGGUGACGACGCAGUGCGAGUGUUUAAGGAGGAGUCAUCAACUGACCCUGACCAACCGGUGUUCUCCUUGGUUGCACACAUGCCCAAAGCUCACAGCCAGGACGUCAACAGUGUGGCAUGGAAUCCAAAAGAAGCAGGACUGCUGGCUACUUGUAGCGACAGUGGUGACAUUGCCAUCUGGAAGUUCCAAGAGCAGGACUAGGACUGACUAUGGUCCACAUACUGCACAGACCUCUUUGUUGCUACAAAGUCACAAUCCCAAAUGUGUGCUCCAGUCUCAUUCAUCUUCAUUAAUUUACUUAAGGUGUUUAAAAAAAAAAUCAUCAACGCAACGACAAGAAUUAUCUUUAUUGCAAAACUCCGAUUACUAAAAACACACGGACUGGUCAAAAUUAACUUGAGUCACUGA